AUGCUUGACGCAUUUUCUAGAGUUGUAGUUAAUUCAGACGCUAAAGCUGCUUACGUAGGUGGCAGUGAUCUACAAGCUCUUAAAACUUUUAUCGCAGAUGGUAACAAACGUUUAGAUGCUGUAAAUUCUAUUGUUUCUAAUGCUAGCUGCAUCGUAUCAGACGCUGUUUCUGGUAUGAUUUGUGAAAAUCCUGGACUAAUUGCUCCAGGGGGCAAUUGCUAUACUAAUCGUCGUAUGGCUGCUUGUUUACGUGAUGGAGAGAUUAUUUUACGCUAUAUCUCCUAUGCUUUACUUGCAGGAGAUGCUUCUGUCUUAGAAGAUCGUUGCCUAAAUGGUUUAAAAGAAACUUACAUUGCUCUUGGCGUACCUAAUAAUUCUUCUAUUAGAUCUGUUGUUAUAAUGAAAGCUGCAGCUGUUGCAUUUGUUAAUAAUACAGCAUCUCAACGUAAAAUGGCUACAACUAGUGGUGACUGCUCUGCAUUAUCUGCAGAAGUUGCAAGCUACUGUGAUAGAGUUGGCGCUGCACUUAGCUAA